CAAGAGAUUUGAUUGAUUGACUAAUUACAACACUGCUAAGAUGUAUGCGCAUGUCAUCGCAUCGACCCGAACAAUUGAUUGGUGAUGCUGUUCUUGUCGUCUCUUUUUUUCCCCUGCAACCCAACCCCACGGCAACGUCAUCGACUGCUUCCCAGGCACCGUUCCCCAGCCUCUGGUUCGAGGACGGGAAAUAGAGACUGUGAACUAACCUCACAUAGUGUCAUACGUGCAGCGAAGUUUCUCGUUACGAGUGUUCCCCUUCUGGCCUAUCUUCUCACGCAAAGAACAGCCCAGCGACAUCGGCUCGCAUGAAACCGAGCACGGCAUUUCCGGAGCAGAUCUCAAUGGUCCCAAUUCUGAGACUUUCAAGUCUGGUCGCCGACAUAUGGAGUA